GAGCUUAGCUGUAAACGUGGUUUAACUUCAUGAUUUAGGUAUGGCCAAAUCCCUGAAUCUAGCUAGUAUUGUUGCCUGCCAAACGGUCAGGAUAAAGAAGAAUUUACGUACUGCGAAAUGUAGUUUUACUGAUAUUUCUCCCAACGGUCAGAUUAGAUUAGCCACUCCUCCGUUAGCAUACGGAUGCUGGUAAUGCUAGCUAACAGCUAGUCUUUUAGCGAUUUGGAAAGAUGGCUGGGGACUUUCAAGGUUUUGCGCUGGAAAAAGCAGAACUGCUUUCCAGCCAUCUGAAGGAUGUCCUGUCUUCAGGACAAGGAUAUGUUCAGGCUCAGUUCGGGGUGGAUUUGGGUCUGAAGCCCGAGCUGUACCCGACGUGGGUUAUCCUGUUUACGGCCGCGGUGGCUCUGCUGCUUUUACUCUGUCUGUCCUGGGCCGCCGUCUGUGGCGGACUGCUCGUCGGGAAAAAGCGGGGUUCCCCGGCCACCAAAGGCAGCUGUGAGCCUGAUAAGGCCAAUUUAACUAAAACUGCCAAACCAGAAGAACAGAAGAAGAGGAACAAAAAGAAAACGCUUGAAAAGACUCAGUCCAAUGGACAACCAGUGGCUGUAGCUCAGGAGGAUGUUAAAGUGACUGUCGCCAAGCUAGCCUCACAGAUUAAAACCGAUAAGGUGCAUGAGGUACAGGCCCCAGUGCAGGUGAAAAAGAACAAGAAGAAAACCAAAACGGAUCUGAAACCAGUCCAGCAUGUGUCGACAAAUGAUGGGAAAGAACCUGAUGAUGGUGCAUGGGAGACCAAAGUCAGUAACCGAGAGAAGAAGCAGCAACGUCGGAAGGAGAAGGGCUCUGGGGACUCUGGUAGCCCAGCGGGGGGGGGGGCGCCAAAGACCAAUGUGGAAGCACCUGUAGCCACAGCUCCUACCAACACCAAGAAGAAAAGAGGAAACCAUGAGUCCCUGCAUUCAAGAUCCAGUGGGAAGGGGGAUGCAGCCAGUGGAGCUGUGUCCUGCAGCUGGAGAGAGGAGCCUUCAGUCAAUGGUGGAGGUUGGACAGAUACUACUUUGAAGAUCUCAGGUGCGAUGGAUGCUAUGGAGGGAACCAAGUGGAGUGCCAUUACCACGGCUACACAUUACAGAGCCCCACCUAAACGUCAGUCCUGGGCACAGGAGACACAAGCAUGGAGUGGCAUUGAUAGCCGGAUAAAGGCUGACCUCAACCCUGUGUCCUUCUCCAUGCUGGGACGAAACACCACAGAUCCAAUAUCAAAUUCAAUUGAAUUGCGGUGGCAGAGCCACCCUGAUGUUGAGGAUGAAUGGUCUGGACUCAAUGGGAUGGCAGCAGCGGACCCCACUUCAGACUGGAAUGCCCCAGCAGAGCACUGGGGAAACUACGAAGAGCCCCCUGUGUUGGUGACACCAGCACUUCCACCAAAGGAACAGCCCAUCCCCAACAAGGUAUCAGAGGAAGAGAAGGGCACUGAGGAUCCCUCUGGUGGAGCAGCCAAAUCAAAGAAGAAGAGGAAAAAGAAGAAGAAAACUGAAGAGGAAGAUGCAUCUGAGGCUCAGGCAAGGAGUAUAAAAAUGACGAACACAGCUCCCCUGGUUAAUACAGAACCCAAACCCCAAGAGCCUCCUGUGCUGGCUUCCAAAAAGCAGAUUCCAAGCAUAUCCUCCACUCAAAAGAUAUCUGAGCAGAUUGCGGAGCCUCCAAAGCCCUCCCAGAAGAAAAAGGUCCGAAGGGAAACAUGAAGUCACAUCACAGGUCCACACACAGCAUAUGCAAAUGAUUGUUAAAUGUGUCACAUGCAAUAAUUGCCAGGUACAGAGUUUCAACGGUUUAUCAGUCACACGCAGACAAAAAAAACAAGCAGUGGAUAUCACCUGCUUGUCUAAAUAUAGUGAUGAAAUGUGGUCCUAUGGACUGGAAUCUUAACUAGUUUGCACUAUUUGCUACACUGCAACCAGUCUGGAGUUUCAGGGCAGGUGGACUUGGUGACAGUGCAGGUACAUGUUUAUGUAAUUAUUUUUUAUGGCAUCAAAAGUGUUGGGUGUUUUACCCCCUCCAAGAGUGUAUGUUUAUAAUUGUUAACCCAAAAAUACAAAACAGAUUGUAGUUUUAUCUUAUGUAAUAUGAAAAUUUAAUUUACAAGAGAAACAUACUUUUUUGCUUCCCCAGAAUGGACUUUUUUUUAUUGCUGCUUGUGAGGGCUGGUCUCAGAUUGGGCUACAUUCAGAUUUGUUUCAAGUCUGACUCAGUGCAACACGCACAUGCCCAUAAGUACAUUGAAACAGUUAAAAGGGUUUCUGUAAUCUCACACACACACACCCUCCCUCCAUACUGGCCAUGAAGCUAUCCCUCAUGGAGCAACUACAGUGUAAGAAAUGGGGGUACAAAAAGCCACGCUCCUCGUUUGUGCAAAAAUGCAUUCAGUUAAAGCAAAUAUGAGGCUUUAGCUAGUUUUGGCCAAAUUGAUGGGUAUUUUCCCAAGUAAUGACCUUUUUAGUAAAAACUUACCUCUUUGUGUUUCAGUGUUUUCUUGUUGAGGGUAGAGGGAUACAUCGUGGCAGUCACAAACCUUGACAAUAAACCCUGACAAUAAACCUACACAUGACUGUCAGAACGAAGGUACCCAUUGAUUUGGCUAUUCUCAGACUGGUGAAGCCUCCUAUUAGUUAAGACUGCACUUUUGCACAUUAAAAUGCAUUUUGUACCCCAUUUCUUACAGUGUAGUCAUUCUGUGAAGGUAUCACUGCACAGUCAGUAGGACAGGAGAAAUUAUUACAACAACCUAUAACUCUUUCAACGCACAAAUUACAUGUCAGUGUUGUGGUAAGAUAGGUUUGGCUAUAUAUAUUUGGAGUAGCUGAAAAGUCACCUAUUCAUCAUUUAUGGAUGAGAUCAGAUAAUUUUUUUUCAAAGAUGAUGCUAAAUUUGAAAUGUGAACGGUGUAAACCGAUUCUGGAUUCCCACUGGGGACUCUUGGUGACAGUAGAGAUACAAACCACCAGGAGGCACUGUAAUGUGAAGGAAAGGAGUAGAGGCAUUAGUGCUGUCAAGUGUUCUCCCUCUACUUAUCAUUCUGAGUGUGUCUAUCUUUAUUUGACUAGACUGUGUGUAGAUUUUUCUACAGACUUCAUUGUUGCUCCUGCACUCUAUAUGAUUUAAAAAAAAACAACUUUUUCUUCCAGUUUCUGUGCUAGAAAAAGCCAUGCCAUAUGUACAGAUUGUAAGGGCUUUUUCCAGCUCUGUGAUUGCACUGUGCAAAAGGCUGUAUUAAGUUCCUUUUGAUGUUGAUGAAUCGUUUUUUACUACCUUUUUGCAGAAUAUGAAAUGUGUGUGGUUUGCACCUUCCAGGAUUUAUGAAGACAGACAUAGAAAUAUGAUAUGGAGCAGCUUUAAAUCCACGCAAAUCCAAUCGAACUUGUUUUUAACAAGACACACAUACACACAAUUACACAUAUAUAAAAGGAAUUAAAUUCCAUUGCCUUAACCUGUAGUUGUAUAGAAAGUGCAUUUUUUAUAAUUCCUAUCCAAUUGUAAGUUUUGAUGUCAGAAAUUAAUUUCAUCUUGCAUGACUUUGAUAAUAGUACUUGUGUACAUGAAAUAAAAUGAACCAUCUCUUGUUUUAACUGUUAGUACUUGGUCCUGGCUUUUGAAUAGCUUUUUUUAAUGAGAUGUUGCAGCUGUUUUGUGGGCAUCCAAUUUAGUGGUCAGUCUGUUUGUUGAUAGACAAAGGGCCUUUAGAACACCAAGGUGUUGAUCAGCUGAUGUUGGUACAUAGUUGUUGGUAGACCUGAUAAAACUAAAUGAUCGGUCGCUGUGGCUUCAGUCGCCCCUUUUUCUUUGUUUAAUUUUUACUGAUGAUUAAAGUGGAAACAAUGUAUUUAUAUACAUGUCUCGCAAAUCUUUAUGUGAAUGAUUUUGUUUAAUGAGGAGAUACAAAUGAUAUUUCUAUGUUUGUUUGGUAAAAAUUUAAAAAUAAAUGAGAAUUGCUUGAUAUCA